AUGGAUGACAGAAAGAAACUCAAGGAGUUGCUAAUCGCCACACAUCCAAUGGUAUUUGGAGAAAAUAAAGAACCUUGCACUAUUGAAAUACCAAAAUUUCAAUUUAUAUUGAAUCUGAUUGCUGUACCAAAACUUUCAACGGUUGAAAAAAAAGGCAUAAGAGUUUGUCUGGAUGCACGUCCUAUUAAUGAAAUUACCUGUAGAUUUAAAUAUCUAAUUUCGGCUAUAGAUGGAAUUUUGCAGAGACACAAAAGUCAUAAAUGGUAUACAGUAAUAGAUUGUGCUCAAUAUUUUCUACAACUUAAAAUUCAAGAUGAUGAUAUGCUAUAUUUAUCUUUUAAGGAUAUGAAAAAGAGCGUAAUGAUGUUUCAGCGUCUCCCUUUUGAGACAAAAAAUGCUUCAUUUUACGCCCAGAGAGUCACUGAUUUCUUGAUAGAAAAUAAAAGUGCAUCUGGUUAUAUAGAUGAUUUGUUAAUAUCAACAGAUUCAUCUUUAGAAGAACAUGCCAUAGAGGUCGGAAAAUUAUUAUCAAACAUGGAAAACAUGAGAGUUAAAGCUAAUCAUGAUAAAUUCAAAUUCGCACUGAAAAAAGUAUUAGUUUUAGGUCAUCAUUUAGAUGCAGUAGGUUCUAGACCUAAGAAGGAUGCUAUUAAGGCUUGGAGAGAAAAAUUAGAUGAAAGUUUCCAAAAAGCUAAGAAUGCAGUAUGCAAAGCUAUGAAAACAUAUAGAAUAGAUGAUUCUAAACCAUUAAUAUUAUUUACAGAUGCAUCACAAGAAAAGGUUACGGCGGCAUUGGUACAACAAAUGAAUAAUGAGGUGGACUCAUAUGUAUCAAUAGUUUUUUUCAGCAAAAUACUAUCAAAACGUGUCAAACCAUUAUCAGCUGUAGUUAUUGAAACCAAGGCGAUUCAACAAGAAAUCCUACAUUUUUCGAAAACUAUUGCAGGGAAUGAAGUCAUUAUUUACAGCGACCAUAAAUUAUUGACCACUUGCAAGAAACCAAGUCAGAAUUUAGAAAUUGAAAUGUUAAUGGAAGAAAUAGCAAGAAGAGGAAUGAGAAUUCUUUACCGAAAGGGAACUAAGAAUGAGUUAGUUGAUGCAUUAUCUCGCACAACAUACAAGAGUCUACAAAUGCCAACAGAGGACAGAAUAAUUCAGACCACAAAAUUAUGGAAAACAUUACACGACAAAGAAAAUAUGGACAACAUUUCAACAGAGACAACCGCUGGGAAUCUGGUAGGUGUGGACUUAAAAACCUGUUGUGUUUUUUUACAUCACGGAUUACCAACUAAUAUCUCAACAUAUUUUCAAGAUAUUGGUAGACUUAAUAGAAGCGGUGGAUUGUCCUUCUCUAUCUUAUACAGUACUUCUUCUGCAGUUGCGUCCCUUAAAAGUAUACUGACAGUUGAAAACUUCAACACUACUUGCAGAAGAUCAGCUUCAGUAUCUACAUUUUCUGAGUUUUCCGAAUCUGGUAAUAUUACAAGUUCUGCAAAAAGUAAAUACAACAGAUGUAAAUUGGGUUAUUCCAAAAUAACACGUAAGUCUACAAAUAUGGCAAAAGAGGUAGUAGUAUCUAAGAUGAUAAAAGAGAUUACAAAAGAAGUAUUGAAAGUGUUUCAAAAAUAUUAUGAUCAAUUAGGUCAUCCUAGUUAUGAAAGAAGUUUCAUAAUGAUAAACAAAGAAUUAAUAUCUCGUAAGGAAAUGAGAAAAAUUUAUAGGAAGUACCUAGAAGAAUGUGAGAUAUGUGCCAAACUAAAAAAAAAACGCAAGAACAAGGAGAAAAAUUUGAGUAGACAUAAAAAGUUGAGUCUAGAAGCAAUGAAUGAAUUACAAAUGGAUUUACUAGGUCUAGUGAAAGGGAGUAUGAAUGAUUAUCAACAUGUAUUAGAAUUAAUUGACCGGGCUACAAGAUAUCUUUUUUUAAUAAACUUAAGAACUAAGAGUACCGAAGAAAUUUACAGAAAACUAACGGAGAGAGUGUUUGGAGUGUUUGGAAUUUCUAGAAUUUUUACAAGUGACAGAGCGAAAUCAUUUGAGAGUCUAUUAUACAAGGGAACUUUAAUAAACUUUGGGUGUUCACACCAUCAUGAAAGUCAGGCACUGAUUAAGAGAACAUUCAGAACAAUUGAAAGAAGUUUCAAAGCAAUGGCGCUUCAAAUGAAUGAAUCAUUAUGGGACAAUUUGACUACAAUGGUAUGUUUAAAUAAUAAUAUAUCAUACCACACAGUAUUGAAGAAGAAACCAGCUAAGUUGUUUUUAGUUUAUAUUCCAAGAUUACCAUUUGCAGCAAAAGGCAAAGAGUUAAAGAAAUACAACUAUUCACUGGAGAGGCAAAAUGAAAUAGAUAAAGCUCGCCGUGUGUCUUAUGAGAUACUGAAAGCACUGCAAGAAACUCCUGCAGACAGAGAGGAAGGUUUAAAAGUGGGAAUGACAGUCAAAAUGAAGGAAGCUGCCAGAAACCAAAUCAAAUUUGAACCUUCACAAGCAUAUGUAAUAACUGAAAAAAAAUCACUAUAUGUUUACUUGAAAGUUGAGGGAGCCAAAAGAAGGCCUAUAAAACGCCAUGUCAAAAACUUGAUUAUAAUUGAUUGA